CCAAACCCCGUAUCGACGAGAAUCACCGCGGCAUGGCUUACGGAGGCAACGACUACGAUAGAGGUCACCCCCACCCCCGACCUAUGCAAGAUCCCUUCAGAGACAGAGGGAAUGAGGACUUAGAGAAAUUCCAAAAACAGAAGCAGGACAUGGAGCAAGACAUUCAGAGAAUGAAAGAGCGACAGAUGAAAGAGAAAAUGGAGAGAGAAGAUGAGAAAAAGAAGGUAAAGUACCCUUUGGUUUUUGGGUUUCUUGUUCUCAUUACUUUGUCUUUUUCUGACGUUUUUAACAGUGGUGGUGAAGGUAGCGAUGACGGUGAGGGUGACGGUGACGGUGACGGAAGUGGUGGCAAUUGUUUGGUCUGUUUGGUCAAUUACUUUGUCUUUUUCUGA